CGGCGUCCUCUGUUUUACCGAUCGAGUGUUUCUACGCGUUCCUUCUAAGCCGAUUUGACGAAAACCUUUUCUAUGGUUUUGCCGCUAAACUUAGGAAAGGGUAGUUAUUUCGAUGAAUGUUGUAAAAGUUCGACGUCCAGUGUGUUUUUGUAUGAAGUAACGAUAUUUUGUGUGUUGGUGUAGUGAUUAAAACGGUGGCCGUUUUCGGCCGUGUCCACGUUUGAAUUUGCAAACUUGCUCCGAUUGGCUUUGUGGAUGGUUAUGUGCAAUGUGAUCACGUAAUGGCGGGUAAGGCGUUACAGUGGAAAUGUGUGGCUAAUACCACUGGCCCUCAACCUCGGCCGAGACAUGGACAUCGGGCUGUCGCUAUCAAAGAUUUGAUGGUGGUUUUCGGCGGCGGCAACGAAGGAAUCGUCGACGAACUCCAUGUUUAUAACACGGCGACCAACCAGUGGUUCGUGCCUAUGACAAAAGGCGAUGUUCCUCCGGGAUGUGCGGCGUAUGGUUUCGUGGUGGACGGAACCCGCUUAUUGGUUUUUGGUGGCAUGGUAGAGUACGGAAAGUACAGCAACGAACUAUACGAGCUGCAGGCAUCAAAAUGGGAAUGGCGUCGCCUAAAACCUAAGCCACCGAAGUCCGGGCCUGCCCCUUGCCCGCGCUUGGGUCACAGUUUCACUCUUGUGAAUAACAAAGUCUACUUAUUUGGCGGUCUAGCAAACGAUAGUGCUGACCCCAAGAACAAUGUGCCGAGAUACUUGAAUGAUUUAUAUACUUUGGAUAUACGUACCUCUCCCGUUCAAUGGGAUAUUCCUAUAACUAGCGGUUCGUCGCCUCCGCCGAGAGAAUCUCACACGGGUGUAGCUUAUUGCGAUAAGAAAAAUAAUAAGUCGUUUUUGGUUAUAUACGGCGGCAUGAGCGGUUGCCGAUUGGGCGAUUUGUGGUUUUUGGAGACUGAAACUCGCACAUGGAGCAAACCCCAAAUUUCUGGAACCACUCCGCUGCCGCGGUCGCUCCAUACCUCCACGUUAAUCGGACACCGGAUGUUCGUGUUCGGCGGUUGGGUACCGGUUGUAGCGGACGAAGUUAAAACGUCCACCAACGAGAAGGAAUGGAAAUGCACGAGCACCAUGGCGUGUCUCAAUCUAGAAACUAUGAGUUGGGAGCAGCUCAAUAUUGACGCUAGCGAAGAGAAUGUGCCAUGCGCUAGAGCUGGACAUUGUUCUGUGGGUGUAAGUACGCGUUUAUAUAUUUGGUCCGGACGCGAUGGAUACAGAAAAGCUUGGAAAAAUCAGGUGUGUUGUAAAGAUAUGUGGUACCUUGAAGUAGAUCGACCCGCUCCUCCUAGUAGGGUAUCAUUGGUCAAAGCAGGAACGCACUCUUUGGAGGUCAAUUGGAAUGGCUCACCCUCGGUGCAGUUGUAUAUUUUGCAGAUUCAAAAGUACGAUUUACCGACGCCUUCCGCUACAUCUAACGUUGCGCCGAAGCCAGUUCCUGCAGCCCCCGCACUUGCCGCUGUGCCCGCAGCCUCUGCAGUGCCUCCGCUGCUGGCUUCGUCGAAGGCAACGCCAGUGGCUAAAGUAUCACCGGCUGUGACCGUAGCGAAACCCGUCGUUCAGACCACGAAUCCCGUCGGCAGUCCACCGAAGGCAGCCACACCUAUCAAAGUUCGAAAUGCGGUGAAAAAUACAUCAGCAUGUGCUCCACUCUUAAUUGCACCUCCACAGAGUGCCGUGAAUACUGAUCCCACACAAGCUAGUAUGUUGUCAGGCAUUCAGGCACUAGCUGCAGCUGCUGCUGCUACCCAAAAAAUUACUGUUGCCCCACAAACAUCUCAAAUCAAAAUUGCCUCCCCCGUUCGAGUCCAAGGGACCGCAGGACCUAUAAUCAGACAAACAUCACAAGUGGCCGGUAAACCACUCAUAGUUCAAAAAGGCAGCAGUAUUAUCCAAAAAGGUGGCAUCCAACAGCAAGUUGUCACAUUAGUUAAAACUAGCACGGGAAUGACGUUGGCCACCUUGCCUAAACCCGGCACCGUAGUUCAGAACAAAUCGCCCCAACAACCUAAGAACACGAUAGUCAAAAUCAUGCCUAGCAAUCCUACUAGUAAAGUAUUGACGACGGUCAAAGCCAUACCGUCAAAUCUUAUACAGAUGAACAAAGCGACGGGAAAACUAAUGCUAUCUAAGAACGCCACUGGACAAAUCCCGACCAUCAACAACCAACAAGUCAUAGUCGUUAGUUCAAAUAGCGGCAUCAGAACCAUGCAAUCGGUCACCAAUGCUCAAACCGUACCCACCGUCAAGUCCACGACCGUCAAUGUCCAACCGAUCGCGUCCUCGUCGGCCAUCACCGGAAUACAGGGCGUCAAAAUCGGCAAGCCCAUCACACUGUCCAUGCCCAUGACUGUCGUCGGAUCUCCAAAAACGCUGACCAUAUCCAAAAACACAAAACAGGUGAUGAUCGGCGGCAAACCGGUCACCGUUCAGAUGGCCGGAGGUAACAAAGUGACCCUCAUGCAGCCACAGCAGGGCUUAGGUAAAAUAGUCCGUUUGCCCGUAACCUCGACAAUUGCUUCGUCGAACAACGCCGAGCAACCAAAGUUGGUGGUAGUUUCGCGUCCGAAGCAGCCCACGGCGACGAUAGCGUCUUCGUCGUUCGACGGGCCGGCAACAACGGACGCCGCGUUGGCCGCGCUGGCUGCCGAGGCAGGUUUGAUCGAUCCAAAGCCUGUGAAGGAUGUUUCGGUAGUCGACGAGAGCGGCGAGAGCGCCGAACAGAACCUCAUCAGACAGUUGGAAGACAACAACGUGGAGCCUCCUUCGACCGCCACGGAAUCGCCGAAUCCGGAAGAGGCGACCGCCAUCUUGUUCGAUAACAACGGGAUAAAUCAAACGCUGGGGUUGAAAGGCGGCUCGACGCGCAUGCCCCCGUAUAAACCGUUCAAUUAUAAAAUGGGUCUGCGAGGCGGUAGCAAGGACUCGAUAGAGAUGACUCAUAAUCAAAAUAACGAGGCUGUAAAUACUGACGAGAAUAUGACGGAUGCGACGUCGAUGAAUGGCACUAUUGGGGACGGCGAGAAGAUGGAGGUGGGGUCCAUCAAGGAAGAGAGUAUGGAUGAACAGGAAGAGAAGUUCGAUCCUUCGUCACUCGACGGCGAACUGGCGGCUGGGUUCGCCAGUAACCAAGACAUGGGGGGGUUCCCCGAGGGACAGAACGCGACAGGAGAGGGCACUCUCCUCGACGAAGUGAAAAAAGAAGAGGGAGAUGCCUUAUCUGCCUUAGCUUCGGCCGCAUUAGACCACUCAAAAGAAAUUAAAAAGACUGAUAAUGUGAAUAACGUACCAGAAACCGUAAACAAAGAGCUGUGGCACACAGUCGGGUUCAUCAAAGGCAACAGUUGUGACGUAUUGAGUUAUUUUAUGUUGGACGAUUAUUCAGACUUGACGGUUGAUAAUUUGCCCGACCUUUCUGCUUUCCCAAGGAUCCAUCUCGAACCUGGCACCGCUUACAAGUUCAGAGUGGCUGCCAUUAAUUCAGUAGGCGUGGGUGACUGGAGCGAGGUCUCUGCUUUUAAAACAUGUCUGCCAGGUUUCCCGGGAGCGCCAUCUGCCAUUAAAAUCGCCAAAUCGGGAGAUGGUGCACAACUUUCCUGGGAACCCCCUAGUUCGAAUCAAGGUGAUAUUUUGGAGUACUCCGUCUACCUUGCCGUACGCGGAAAAGAAAAAGCUACUCCUCCUGUGCAAUUGGCUUUCGUGCGUGUGUACUGCGGACCAAACAGUUCGUGCGUGGUUCCGAAUUCAACUUUAGCAGCUGCCCAUUUGGACACGUCAACAAAGGCGGCGAUUAUAUUUAGAAUUGCUGCUAAAAAUGAUAAAGGUUACGGACCUGCGACCCAAGUUAGGUGGUUGCAAGAUUCGCAAACAACAAAUAAAUCAGCGAAGCGUUUACAAGAAGAACGCCCCAUGUUUAGUAAGAAAAUGAAAUUCGAGAAAGAUGAGAAUUAAAGAGGAGAAAAUGUAUGAUGUGAAUUAGUUAUUAAUAAAUAAUAGGGGCUGUUAAAUUAUUAUCAUAUAUUUUUUUUAUAAUUCAAUCGACGGCGAGCCCCAGAAUUUCUUGGAUUCCUGUUUGUUUAGUUGGAAAUACACAUUCUAAAAUAUUUAUUUCAGAUGAAACUGUGUUAGCGACUUGGAAGUCUUAAUUUCAAUUUUUAAUUAGUACUGGACUUUUCGUUGCAGUUAGUUAGUGUGAUAUCUCAAGGAUAUCUUUUAAAAAACAUUGAUUAACAGUGUAAAAGGAAUGGUUGACUGUGUAAUAAUACUUUUCUCUAUUUUUUACUAUAAAAAAAAAUCUUCAGCUUUUAAACAUUUUAAAACGUGAAGAUCUUGUAUUAUUUGUAGAUUGUUAUAAUAAGGUAAGGCUUAGGAAUUUGUUUAUUGAUGUUGUCCGUAGUACAAAAUUGUCAAUUGCGGAUAUCACAAUAUACGUUUGCACAUUUUGUUCCCACUUUUUUUUUCAAAGCUAAUAUUACUUAGUUCUUUCAGAUUAUGUGAAUUGUUGUUUAGUUGCGUUUUUAACAAGCAUUGUAACAAGUAGAAUAAUACUAGAACUGGUCUUGUCAAAUAUUUAUUGAUCAUUUGCAUUCAAAAACACUUCAUUCUGUUGCUGAUUAUAUUUAUUUUUACAAUAUAGUUUAUAAAUACCAGUAAAUGUAAAACCCUGUUGCUUCAAAUCUCGGAACACAAUGAACUGUUUUAAUAAUGUUCAAUAAAUAUUUUUCUUACAUCCAACGGAGCAUAAUUGUAUAAUUUUAAAUUAAAAAUUUCUGUAACUAUUUUAUCUAUAUAUAUAAAUAAAUAAAUAUAUAUAUAGCAAUAUAAUAUUCUUCAGUUUGUUACAAUUGUAAAAAAUUUAUAUUGCAAAAAUAAAAUCAUUCUGUUAAUUAUGACUUCUCUUACUAGGUGCUUUAAAAUUUCAAGAGUUUGUACAAGACUAGAAAAAAGGAAACUUUUGUUAGUGGGAGCUUAGUGGUGUAACACUGUUAACACAUCAAACCAUGAAACUUAAUUUCACCUUGUUUUAUAAAUUGAUUUAAAAUUGGUUAACUGUGUCGUUAUAAAUAAAGUAAAUUAUGAUACGUA